CUAAAAAUAAAUAUUAUUCUCAAAAUUCCAUUUAAAAAUGCACCCAAUAUUGCAAAAUAUUCAUAUAAGCCACAGAUCAGUGGCAUAAAAACCCUUUCACUUCAUUCCUUUACAUUUGUACAACAAAACCAGCUAUGGUGGGAGGUGGUAACGCGAAUUCCGAUAUCUCAUUCGUUGGCACUUUCGCCAGUAGUGCUUUCUCUGCAUGUUUCGCUGAGAUAUGUACUAUUCCUUUGGACACUGCCAAAGUUAGGCUUCAACUUCAAAAGCAAGCUGUAGCUGGUGAUACGGUGAGCUUACCUAAAUACAAGGGUAUGCUGGGAACAGUUGGAACCAUUGCCAGGGAAGAAGGUCUUUCAGCACUCUGGAAGGGAAUUGUGCCAGGGUUACAUCGUCAAUGUUUGUAUGGAGGAUUAAGAAUUGGGUUAUACGAACCUGUUAAGAAUUUGUAUGUUGGGAAAGACCAUGUUGGAGAUGCUCCGUUGACAAAAAAAAUUCUUGCUGCACUAACAACUGGUGCUGUGGCAAUUGCGGUGGCAAAUCCUACUGAUCUUGUCAAAGUUAGACUUCAAGCGGAAGGGAAAUUGCCUCCAGGCGUGCCCAGGCGAUACACUGGAUCGUUGAAUGCAUAUUCAACAAUUAUGAGACAGGAAGGAAUCGGAGCUCUUUGGACUGGAAUUGGCCCCAAUGUUGCAAGAAAUGCUAUCAUUAAUGCUGCUGAGCUAGCCAGCUACGAUCAAGUGAAACAGACCAUUUUGAAAAUUCCAGGAUUCACUGAUAAUGUUGUCACACAUCUUCUUUCUGGUCUUGGGGCAGGUUUCUUUGCAGUCUGUAUUGGCUCUCCAGUUGAUGUGGUUAAGUCAAGAAUGAUGGGAGAUUCUAGUUACAAAAGCACGAUUGAUUGUUUCGUCAAAACAUUAAAAAAUGAUGGACCUUUAGCCUUUUAUAAGGGGUUCAUACCAAAUUUCGGACGGCUAGGAUCGUGGAAUGUGAUCAUGUUUUUAACACUAGAACAGACUAAAAAGUUCGUCAAAAAAUUGGAAUCAGCCUGAGCUCAAACAAGGACCACUAGGAUUUUAUUAGAAGGCCGCAACCGGGGGUGCAAACAGAAAUCAUCAAGAAAAUAAAUCUCUUCUCUUUUUUUUUUUUUUGCAGGAGUAAAAUUAAGUAGUAUUAAUAAAUGAAAAUAAUGUAAUGUGGUCCAUGUUAGAUACCACCAACAUCAACAAAUUCAUAAAUGUUAGUUUUAGACCUUCAAAUUACUGUUAAUUUCUUUAUAAUCCUCUUACUCAGUACAAUUUUAUCACGAGUUGGGCUUGGUUUUGUUUGA